GAAUGCUGCUUCACUUUGUGGAUUAGCUAUCAUGUAAUUCUGGGGGGCACUUUCGUCCUAUAAAUCCUCUAUAAAUUAUUGGCAUCCAUUUUGUUCUCUCCUGUACAACGUGAAAAGCUCAGCAACAGCCAAAAAGUCGAUCUUCUAUACUCUCUCCCUCUCUCUUUCUCGCUCUCCUGCUUCACCACCCAAUUAAACAAUGGCUGAAAAUGGUUCAGUUGAAGAGUUUCUUGCUGUUGCUGUGGAGGCAGCUAAGAAAGCAGGAGAGGUCAUCCGUAAAGGUUUUUACCAGACCAAGCAUGUGGAGCAUAAAGGCCUGGUGGAUUUGGUAACAGAAACUGAUAAAGCAUGUGAAGAUCUCAUAUUCGAUUAUCUUAAGCAGCAUUUCCCUGAUCAUAAGUUCAUUGGGGAAGAAACCACUGCUGCUUGUGGCAUUACAGAAUUGACUGAUGAACCAACAUGGAUAAUUGAUCCUCUUGACGGGACAACAAACUUUGUGCAUGGGUUCCCCUUUGUGUGUGUUUCCAUUGGUCUCACAAUUAGUAAGAACCCCACAGUUGGUGUUGUUUACAACCCUAUAAUGGACGAGCUUUUCACUGGUGUCCAUGGAAAAGGUGCUUUUCUUAACGGAAACCCCAUAAAAGUUUCUUCUCAAUCUGAACUUUUGAAGUCCCUCCUUGCUACGGAGGCUGGAACAAAGCGAGAUAAGGCCACUCUUGAUGCCUCUACAAAUAGGAUUAAUAGCUUACUUUUCAAGGUGAGAUCCCUUCGGAUGAGUGGCUCUUGUGCAUUGAAUCUUUGUGGGGUUGCAAGUGGUAGGCUUGAUCUGUUCUAUGAACUAGGAUUUGGAGGCCCUUGGGAUGUGGCAGGCGGCGCUGUGAUUGUUAAAGAGGCUGGAGGACUUUUGUUUGAUCCAUCUGGGAAAGAUUUUGACAUCACAGCACAGCGAGUCGCAGCUUCAAAUCCUCUUCUCAAGGAUGCAUUUAUAGAGGCAUUGCGGCAAUCAGAAUGAGAGAAGGGAAGAUAGAAUAGCAUGGAUUCACAGUUAAGCUCUGUCGUUACCUCUGAAAAGAAUCAAGCUAGAAGUGUAUGGAAUCCAUCUCAAAGGUUAAAUACCAUUAGCUGAGAUAAGUUAGUCGAGUCUAGUGAUUCUUCCAGUAUGCAUUCGGCCUUGAGAAGUGCCAAAGUACAUUGUAAAAUCCAAUUGAUAUUUUGCAACUCAAAUAAUAAGAAAUAUGGCAUCCGCUACAUUUUGAAACCAAUUUAUAUAUGACCU